CCUUUCUUUCCAUGUCCUCGUCUUCCAGGACGGUGUGUAUUUCCCUCUCUCGCCCCCAUAAGCUCGUGAGCCUUUGUUGCUGCUGGUGUUUCUAUCGCUUCUCACUCACAACUGCAUGGUCCUCUCUAGCUGACCCAGAGUUUGAAUGUGGCGGAAGAGGCUGAGGUAUUAAGCGCAGUAGAGUCUAUCGAGUCUUUGAGUUUCAGUUCCAUCACUCAAGAUGGGUUGGAUUGUAAAACUGUGCGACAGAUUCGGCUGAAAUUUUGGGGCACACUACCGUUGCUAUCCUUAGAAAAAAUAUAGUAAUUGUGGAGAAAUGAGUUUUCGAAAUUUAGAAACUUGGAAUGACCUUGGAACUUCCAUGAGCAGUUCAUUUGCGAUUCCUAGGACCGAGUCGACUCACCAUCGCCUGUAUGAGUUCGCCAAAUUGGCACUUAUCAAGAUCUUCGUCCAUCCCUAUGCCACCGUAUGCGAUUUGUAUUGUGGAGGAGUGGACGCUGAGAAAUGGGAUGGUGCUCAAAUUGGCCAUUACAUUGGAAUAGAUGUAUCAUCUUCUGGAGUAAGUGAGAUCAGAGAAGCAUGGGAGAGUCGGAGGAAAAGUUACACUGCAGAGUUCUUUGAGGCUGAUCCUUGCACAGAAAAUUUUGGAGUACAGCUACAGGAGAAGACCAACCAGGCUGAUUUAGUUUGCUGUUUACAGAAUUUGCAGUUGUGUUUUGAAAAUGAGGAAAGUGCAAGGAAACUUCUACAUAAUGUGUCAUCUUUGCUUAAACCAGGGGGUUAUUUUUUCGGUAUUACUCCUGACUCAUCUACCAUAUGGGCAAAAUACCAGAAGAAUGUUGAAGCAUACCACAACAGAAGUAGCAGCAUGAAGCCAAAUAUAGUUCCCAAUUGUAUUCGGUCAGAGAGCUAUAUGAUAACCUUUGAAGUUGAGGAAGAGAAGUUUCCAUUAUUUGGAAAGAAAUACCAGUUAAAAUUUGCUCAUGACCCUGCUGAAACUCAUUGCUUGGUUCAUUUUCCUAGCUUGAUCAGGUUGGCCCGGGAAGCUGGUUUGGAGUAUGUGGAGAUUCAGAAUUUGACAGAGUUCUAUGAUGAUAACAAAAUGCAUUUAGCAGGCAUGCUAUUGAAUGCUGGUCCAAACCUGGUGGAUCCCAGGGGAAGACUUCUUCCUCGGUCAUUUGACGUGUUAGGUCUGUAUACUACUUUUAUAUUUCAGAAGCCAGACCCAGAUGUUGCCCCGCCCCUUGCAACCCCAUUAUUGCAGGAUGAUAGUUUCAAGCACGAUGAGAGAGAGUGGCAGACAACUAUAUGGAGAGACGAUGAAAAGCCUACAGAGCCACCACCUCUUGGACUGGGCAAGAUUAGUGAACAGAAGGGGAUAUUAGGUCCUGGGCCAGCAGAUUUACGUUUUGCAGAGGCUCUUUGACCUAAUGAUUGGAAGGAAGUAAAAAAUGAACGUUGCACGCAAGACGGAAACACCUUAGAAUGUGUUUAUCUAACUUCAUCAUGGCUGAUCAUAGGAUUAACUUGCAUACAUCCUUGUAUUAAUGAUCUGGGAGAUGUAUGUUGUGCAUGUAAUUUAGACCAAAUAAACAAUAUUUGGAACAUUUCAAUGGAAAUAGUUUGCCUCAACCGGGUCAUUUUUA